AUGAAUCCUUUCGAAGGCGCCAAAUCGACCAAUGAGGGCUUCCGUCCUGCUCUCGAGCACCCUCCAGAGUUUACUUUUCAAGACGAAGACCCCAGUGGUCGACCUCCCUAUGCGAGGCCACCACUCGAGGAGUUUGGUGAGACGAAGUGGCGGGCAAGUUGUCAGUGCGGUCAGGUGAAAUACAGCCUACGGCGUGAGAAGCCAUUGAAUGCGAAGUUCUGUCACUGCCGUGGAUGCCAGGUUAUGCACGGUGCACCUUUCCAGUGGGCCGCGAUUUUCCCCAAGGACGAUCUUCGAUUCGACAAUGGUACCAAAGGCCUGUCUUUCUACGCCGCUCGGGAGCGAAAUACCAAGUACCAAACACCAACAAAAGUUUCAUGCGCCACAUGCCGAACCCCUAUCAUGGAUGAAGGUCGCAAUAUGUGUCUUUUGUUUCCGCAGCUCAUCGACUUCUCCGGUUCCGUGGACGAGCAAAGAGAACGGAUCGCAACAUUCUUGCCAUCAUGCCACAUCUUCUAUGAGAAGCGUUUGCGAGAUAUUCAUGACGGCAUCACUAAGUGGAAGGGAAUGGAUGAAGAGAGUGAGAUACUGGACGAUUACGGGAAUCUGAAAAAGACUUGA